AAACAUUUUAGCAAUCCAAUCCGCCGGGUCAGCAAAAUCUAACUUUAAUUUAGACUUGGCAUCGUGCCAAAAGGAAAACAGUGCUGGAAACGCAUGUUCGGAUAAACAAUUUAAAAAAACGAGCAGUGCUUGAAAGUUUCCAUCAUGGAGAUGACACAGGACGUGAAGAAGCAAUUGAUGGCUUUGGCCGGAAUGACUGACGAAUCCGAGUUUGAAAAGUUCGUCAAGGACAUGGUUCCGGAAGCCGAAAAUACCAUCAAGCAACAAAACCGGCACAGCCCGUUUCAACUCCAUUACAUCAAAAUGCUCACAACCAUCGAAUCCAAAGGCUUGGAUGAAUUCGCAAGGUGGAACGGAGACAUAGAAAAACAGUUGCAAUACACUUUCAACGAAAUCAAUGCCUUGGAAGAGUUUGUGGAUCCGCGAAACUUCCUGAAGAAGCAAGAGAGUCCAAGUGAAACUUUAACCACCGAGUGCAAAUCCCUUCGAGAUGCCGGCAAUAAACAUUACCAGAAGAAGGUGCUUGAUUUGGCACUUCAAGCAUACAGUGAAUCCAUCAUGUCGGCUCCCCUUGAUGACAAAGGCAAAGGCCGUGAUGCGGCUUUGGGGCUUGGGAACCGUUCGGCAGUUUAUUUUGAGUUGAAAGAGUACAACCAAUGUUUGGAUGAUAUAGCUGCUGCUUUCAUCUUUGGAUAUCCCAUAGAGUUGGCCUACAAGCUUUGGGAUCGACAAGGAAAAUGUCUAGAGGCCCAAGGAUUUCUGCGAGAUGCAGCGAAAGCCUUUAAGGCAUGUGAGGAAUCCUUGCCACAAUCAAAUCUCAAGCCUUCGAAACGAGAGGAAUUGGCUGCUAAUAUUAAACUAACGAUGAAUUCACUGGACUUGGACCAAUGCAAAGGAAUUUACGAUCCUAACAUAGUCAAAGACAUCCCUUGCCCUUUCAAAAUUUGGGAGGCUCAUCCAAAAUUUCCCCACUUCUCAGAUUCUCUCAACAUCGUUUUCAAUGAAAGUCAAGGUCGCCAUGUUUUGGCCACUAAGAAUAUCGAGGUUGGCGAACCGGUUGUCAUCGAGGAACCCAUUUCCUUUCAUUUAUCUCCAUUCAAAAUGGCCACAAAUUGCUCUCAUUGCUUCCGAGCUUGCGGCAACUCAGUGCUGCCAAGUCCACUACUAAAAAAAGCCAAAUUCUGCGGAUUCCGAUGUUGGAAACUGGCCAUGAACUCGUAUCACCCAGUAGAAGCCAGAUUUGAUAUCACUGAGGUGUUCUACGGCGAUGAUCCAAACUCCCAGCUAUCAGGAUGUCUUUCUCUUGCCUACAGGGCAAUUUCCCAGAAAAAGUUGGCCUUUUUCUUGGACAAUAAGGAGAAACUUUUUACUACACAUGAUAAGUUAUACGGCACCAACCCUCCGCCGGGGUUUUCUUAUGAGAAAGAUGAACAUUACCGAGGUCUGUUCAAUCUGGUCACUCAUUAUGACCAAAUGCAGAUUAAAGAUCGUGUGACCAUCAUGAUCCGAAGCGUUGUUUUGCUAAAAUGUCUGAAGGCGGGAGGUUAUUUUGGCGGGGAACCUACUACUCAGUUACAAUUAUCACCAGAUGAGCUCUUUAUCGGAAAGCUUCUCUUUCAUUUUCAAUGCGGCAUUCAAUAUAAUCUCCAUACAAUCUAUCAGGUGAAUGGUGUUAUGGAGCCCUCCAAGAGGAUUCCAUUGCAAGAUAUUGGGUCGGGCGUUUACCCAACCACAUUAUUUUUCAACCACUCUUGUGCACCAAACACCAUAAGGGUCAACCAAGGCCCAAGAGUAAUAAUCAUUACCAAAAGCUUUGUAAAGGCCGGCGAGGAAGUGACCGAUUGCUAUGGAAUUCAUCAUAUGUCCAUUCCAAGAGCAGAACGCCAGGAAACUUUGCGUCGAGGUUAUGCAUUCGAAUGUCAAUGCCAGGCUUGUAAAAAGGAUUACCCGUUACUGGCCAGCCUUCCCAACCACUUGACCCCUCAAGUGGCCUUAAAACUUGGAAACACUUUGGGGAAAUACCAAAAGCUUUUCCACGACGGCAAAUAUGGCAAGGCCUUAAACAUUUGCCAGGAGUAUAUUCGUAAAUUGGAACACCUUGGUGUUCCCCUUCCUCAUCGGAAUUAUGAGAUCGCGGUUAUCGCAUUAUGCAGUAGUUUGUGGGCUAUGGCAAAGGACUGUUAAGACAUGACAAGGUUAAAUACUUUAUUAUUGAAACUCAAAAAAUAAUUUGGACACUGGUUUUCUAUGCUCAAUCAUUGGGGGGAGUUUGACAAAUGAUCAUACGCUCAUACUAACCAUUUUUCUUGGAAUAGGUCACUACUUUAUGUAUAGUUUUAGUACAUUCUUGAGUGAUAUGGCGAAAGUAAACUCAAAAGUGGUAAUGAUGAUGAGAUAACAAUUAGAAAUUAGCAACAAAAAGAGCAAGAAAAAGCAGUUCCUACCCACACUACAUAGGCAAAGAAAUUGGAAGCGAUCUCGUGACAAAUCGAAAUUCACCACUGAUGACGAAAUUGUGGAAGAACAUUUGUUAUGUUGUAGCGUUACGUUGUUGUAUAAAAUUUGAAGCUUUUUU